AUGCAGGUGUGUGUAUCUAGGAGGCAGGAAGAGGCAUCUAGGAGGCAGGAAGAGGCAUCUGGCAGCCCGGUGUGGGCAUCUAGGAGGCAGGAAGAGGCAUCUAGCAGCCCGGUGUGGGCAUCUAGGAGGCAGGAAGAGGCAUCUAGCAUCCCGGUGUGGGCAUCUAGGAGGCAGGAAGAGGCAUCUGGCAGCCCGGUGUGGGCAUCUAGGAGGCAGGAAGAGGCAUCUAGCAGCCCGGUGUGGGCAUCUAGGAGGCAGGAAGAGGCAUCAAGCAGCCCGGUGUGGGCAUCUAGGAGGCAGGAAGAGGCAUCUGGCAGCCAGGUGUGGGCAUCUAGGAGGCAGGAAGAGGCAUCUAGCAGCCCGGUGUGGGCAUCUAGGAGGCAGGAAGAGGCAUCUGGCAGCCAGGUGUGGGCAUCUAGGAGGCAGGAAGAGGCAUCUAGGAGGCAGGAAGAGGCAUCUAGGAGGCAGGAAGAGGCAUCUGGCAGCCAGGUGUGGGCAUCUAGGAGGCAGGAAGAGGCAUCUGGCAGCCAGGUGUGGGCAUCUAGGAGGCAGGAAGAGGCAUCUAGGAGGCAGGAAGAGGCAUCUAGGAGGCAGGAAGAGGCAUCUGGCAGCCAGGUGUGGGCAUCUAGGAGGCAGGAAGAGGCAUCUAGGAGGCAGGAAGAGGCAUCUAGGAGGCAGGAAGAGGCAUCUAGGAGGCAGGAAGAGGCAUCUAGGAGGCAGGAAGAGGCAUCUAGGAGGCAGGAAGAGGCAUCUUGGAGGCAGGAAGAGGCAUCUAGGAGGCAGGAAGAGGCAUCUAGGAGGCAGGAAGAGGCAUCUAGGAGGCAGGAAGAGGCAUCUUGGAGGCAGGAAGAGGCAUCUAGGAGGCAGGAAGAGGCAUCUGGCAGCCAGGAAGUUAAGGUGUUUAUGGGUCUAGAAUAG